AUGGCCAUGGCCACCCCCGCCGCCUUCUACCGUACGCGCCGGCUCUUCGGCAUCUUGUCCUCGGCCACUCCGUGCGCUCGGCCACCCAAUUUGGCGACCGAACCCACGCCGGACCAGAAAGCGGCAGCCGUCGAGGCGGAGGCAAAGCCCAAGGCGGGCCGCAACCGCCGGAAUCCCCUCGGCAAAAUCUUGCGGAUCAUUUUCCAGGAGCGCGAUCCGGACAAGCUGGUAUCCCAGUUCAUCGACGCGUCCACCGCGUCCUCACGCUUCCGCGACAUCCACCGCGUGUACGAGGUGGCCGUGUCCCGCCUCGUUUCCUUCGGCCGCCGCGACGCUGUCGCGGCCCUCCUCGACUCACAGAAGCCCUUCCUCGAGGCCUCCAACGAGGACUUCGCCGUGCGCAUCGUGCGCCUCUAUGGCCGCGCCUCCAUGCCGUCCCACGCCGCCGCGACCUUCCUUGCCCUUCCCCCGAAGCACAAGUCCGUCACGGCCUUCAACGCCGUCCUCGCCGCAUACGUCGACACCGGCGACUUCGAUUCUCUCGCCACCGCGUUCGACGAGAUCCCGGCCUCUCAGAAAGCCGAACCCUCGGCCGCCCUCGAUGUCAUUUCGCUCAUGGAGAAGUGCGGUCUGACCCCCGAUAUGGUAUCUUUCAACUCUCUGCUUAAUGGGUUUUACAACAACGGUCGCUUUGACAAGGCCGAGAAAAUCUGGGAGAUGAUGAAGGAGAGGAAUCUUCAGCCGAACGCAAAGAGCUACAAUGCAAAGCUCCGGGGUUUGGUUGCUGAAGGGAGAAUGGAGGAUGCAGUUGCUGUGAUUGAGAGGAUGCAGAAGGAAGGGUCUAAACCUGAUUCAGUAUCCUACAAUGAGCUGAUUCGAGGGUACUGCAGAGAAGGGAGAUUGGAUGACUCCAAGAAGGUAUAUGAAGAUCUGGUAAAGAAUGGAUAUGCACCAAAUAAAGGCACAUUUGAAACCCUCAUACCAUGUCUUGUGGAGGCCGGGGAGCUUGAUCUUGCUCUAAAUUGUUGUCAGGAGAUCUUUAAUAGGAAGUGCAGAGUGAAAUGUUCAUUGCUGCAGGCAGUAGUGACCGCAUUGGUUGCUGCAUCUAGAGUCGAGGAGGCUAGAAGGAUUGUUAAGCUUGGGUGGAAGAACAACUAUCCUCCGAGGCAUUUGAAUAUUCCAGCACUUAAGGGAAAAGACAAUAAUGUCGAUGCUGAGACUGACUGCAAUGAUUCUGUACCGUAUGAAGAGGGGAGUGAGGAGGAAGUGGAGUCUAUAACUGCUUGA